AUGGCGUGCAAAAUUAUCACAUUGCUGCUGUUUCUAGCUGGAAUACUUUAUACACCGUUCGUCUAUGCAAGCCAAGAUUAUGAGUAUAUAGUUGUAGGCUCCGGUCCGGGUGGUGGACCCUUAGCUGCCAGACUGGCACUGGCAGGACGAAAGGUACUGCUUAUCGAAGCCGGUGAUGACCAGGGUGACACGUACUAUGAGCAAGUACCAGCUUACAACUAUGCGUCAUCCGAGUUUCCUGAUAUGCAGUGGAACUAUUACGUGGACCAUUGGGAAAACAAGACACAGCAACUGCAGGAUAAGAAGUUUGUAUGGAAGACUCCGGAUGGUACCCCUUGGGUGGGACCCGAUCCUCCAGCAGGAUCUUCUAAGCUAGGCAUUUGGUAUCCAAGAGCCGGUACACUGGGCGGCUGUGGACAGCACAAUGCCUUGAUUUCGAUCUAUCCCUUCAACAGCGACUGGGAUUACGUUGCUUCGAUCACAAGAGAUCCUUCAUGGCGGUCGGAUAACAUGAGAAAAUACUUUGAGAAGCUGGAAAAUAUCCAUUAUAAUCCCCCAUCGCUUAAGGGGCAUGGAACACAGGGGUGGUUUGGGACGACCCUCCCCAGCCUUCCCAUGAUCGCUGGAGACAUCCAAUUGCUCAGUCUAAUUACUUCAGCUGCCAACGCCUUCGGUGCCGGGUUGAAGAAGGUGAUAUCCACCGUUCAGCAACUUGAAGCUGUUAUUAAUCCAGAUAUCAACGCCGAUGAUCCCGGGAGAGACCAACGCCAGGCUCUAUACGAAUAUCCGAACGCCGUCACAAAUGCCAAGCGCAAUGGCCCGAGGGACUUUGUUCUUAGUGUAGCCAACGCUGCUUAUCCUAACGGUACGAAGAUGUAUCAAUUGGACAUACGGUUAAACACUUUGGUCACAAAAGUGCGAUUCAGCAAGGGUAAAGGCCGUAAACCAAAAGCUGUUGGCGUGGAUUUCUUAGACGGCAAGAGCCUUUAUUCAGCUGAUCCACGAUGGAGUUCAAGCAAUGCCGGCACCCCUGGCAGUGUUAAUGCGUCGAAAGAAGUUAUCAUCUCGGCUGGGACCUUUAACACGCCUCAGAUCUUGAAGCUCAGUGGUAUUGGGCCGAAGAAAGAGCUUGCUGCUCUGGGCAUUCCCCUGUUAGCUGAUUUGCCUGGCGUCGGUACCAAUCUUCAAGAUCGAUACGAAGUUGGAGUCAUUGGAGAAACGACCCAAGAUUUCGCAAUCUGGAAUAGAUGUACUUUUGGAAAUGGCAACGACCCAUGCUUCGAGCAGUGGUUGACGGGAAAUGGGACGAACAAUGGACCGUAUGCGAACAAUGGAUUGGCAAUUACCAUGACCAAGAAAUCUAGGUCUGCGAACUCCACCGACUCGGUAGAUCUUAUGAUUGGCGGCGCUCCCCUUCCGUUCAAAGGCUACUAUCCCACAUACUCUUCGGAGGCAGUAAAGACAAAGAAGCAAUUUACCUGGGUAAUCUUGAAGGGUCAUACAAGAAACCGGGCAGGGACCAUAACACUCCGCAGCAAGAACCCGCAAGAUACUCCUGUUAUCAAGUUUCGCUACUUCGACGAAGGAACAACUACCAACGGAGCGGAUAAGCUAGAUCUUGAUGCCAUGGUCGAAGGCGUGCUGUUUUCACGGGCCAUGUUCAAGAACACUUCCGCGGUGAAUGGAAAUGGUGGAUUCAAAGAAAUCUGGCCCGGGCCAAAUGUAACUUCGAGAAAUCAGAUAAAGGAAUGGGUGAGAAACGAGGCUUGGGGUCAUCAUGCGUCUUGCUCUUGUCCCAUUGGCGCCGAUGGGGACCCAAUGGCGGUAUUGGAUUCGAAGUUUCGCGUUCGAGGAGUCGAUGGACUGCGUGUGGUGGAUGCAUCGGCUUUUCCAAAGAUUCCUGGUCUAUUUAUAGUUGUGUCCGUGUACAUGAUUAGCGAGAAGGCUGCUGAUGUUAUUCUAUCGGCUGGUGGUUACUAG